GUGUCCGAGCCUUACCGUACGUACGAGUCUGGAGGAAUAAGAGGGGGGGACAGGAUGGCCAACUCAGCUCUGGAGUUAGUUGGUCUUAUAGUGACCCUAAUCGGGCUCAUUGGGACGGCGGCAAGCACUGGGAUGCCGAUGUGGAGAGUCACAGCUUUCAUAGGAGAGAACAUCAUUGUGUUUGAGACCCGAUACGAGGGCUUGUGGAUGAACUGCUACCGACAGGCCGACAUCAGGAUGCAGUGCAAGGUGUAUGACUCUCUCCUGGCCCUGCCCCCUGACCUGCAAGCGGCACGAGGUCUCAUGUGCUGUGCUCUGGCGCUGGGUGGCCUGGGUCUGCUGAUCAGUCUAGUCGGGUUGCAGUGUACGUCAUGCAUUGUGAACAACGAUGAAGCAAAGCGGAUUGUUCUCCUCAUUGCAGGAGUAAUGAUCAUAUGUGCGUGCAUCUGCGUCCUUAUCCCCGUUUCCUGGACAGGUCACGUCAUCAUCAGGGACUUCUACAACCCUCUCCUCAUCGACGCACAGCGCAGGGAGCUCGGGGAGGCUCUGUACAUCGGCUGGGUGGCUGCAUUUUUCUUGUUCGUAGGAGGAUGCAUGUUUCUUUGUUUCAAUCUGCAGUCGCUCAAGGAUACAGAAUCGCAGAGGUAUUUGUACUCAAGGGCCUCGGACUACACGGCCUACCCGACCUACCCUCCACAGCCUCCGCAGCCUCUGCAGCCUCAACAGCUGGUGUUCCUUCCACAGCCACAGCCACAGCCACAGCCCCAGUUUCAGCCAGUGCUGUCAAGACAACCCUCCAACAACUACAGCUACAACUCCAGAUACCCCUCUGUUCGCAGCGCGGUGGCUUAUCUCUGAACACUUACACUGACUGAGGUUAUCAUGAACAUUGGUAUGGUCAUUAUAUGCAAGGACACUUCUUUUUUCAUAUGCAGUACAAUUCAUGAAUCAUUUCAAAUGUCAAAAAUGUAUAUCAGGUAAGGAUUACAAACACAUUUCAACUACUGCAUUCACUGUGAAUACCAGUGUGAUCUUAUGUAUACAUUUCUGUUCUAUCACUCUUUUUAUAUGUAUAGUGAGGAGUGUCCUCUUUUAGAGCACUAUUGAUGUCUUGAUAGAGACCGAUAUCAUAAUUAUUA